GAAGACCCAGUGGUGAAAUCCGAAAACUCAAAUCAAAAUCUGAUGCAUCCUGCAAAUAUUACUGCUUGAUCAGAUAGCUAGUUUCAGGAAAGCUGAACUACAGACUCUGCUGAUUUUAAACAUAUCAGUAUUGCUGGAGAUAGGAAAGGAUUUUUAAGAAAACUAUUGGCUUGAAAUUGAUUUCGGUUUUGUUUUACAUUUUUUGUUGUAAAGUGCUAUUUUACGCCAAGCUGUUACGUUUUAGAUUACUUUAAAAAGUAAUUAUUUAUUAAAAGGGAAAUGCAAGACUAACUGCUCAAUAAGGAGCAUUACAUAUACUUUGUAUGUUCUGGAAUUGCAGUUGCAUUAUUUAGUAUAUUUGUCAGUGUUUUCAAUUAUAUUUAGCUGCAGUUUCUGCAUUGCAAUUAGUAUUAAAUAUUACCUGCAAGUAUUGCUGGUAGCCUUACCAUGUGUUAGCUAUAUAUUGCUAAUAUUGGCUGUUUAGCGAUUAAAAAUCCCAUUUUUGUUUUUGCAAAAUUGAGCUAGGUAGUAGUUUUCCAGACAAUAGAAGAUGAUGCGGUUACCCAAAGGGGUCACUUCGGCUACUGGCAGGACCAGCAGCGGGCUGUCGGUAUCAGAAAAGAAAGUUUUGCCUGGCAUAAAAACAGAAUUUUUCAGCACCGGACUAUCAAGCCCUCUGAUCCACACAGUACCGACUGGUUAUUUCAACCAAAUAUGCAAUACGUCUAAUUCUGAGCAGAGAGCGAACUGCAUGUACGCUACCCCCCAUGGACCGGAGAUUAGGGGUACCGUCAGAUCUAAUUCUGGGAGGUUGCCGGCUAAGAGAAAGCUGGAUUUGGAAGGCAAUGACCCCCUGUAUAUGCCAGACUUCCGCACCCCCAAAGGGAAAGGCAGGACUGCAGCCAGGCUCCCCAGCCCUAUGACACCCAAAUCUCCGGGCGAACGCACACGCUACGACACCUCUCUGGGGCUGCUCACCAAGAAGUUUGUGAGCUUGCUGAGUGAGUCUGUGGACGGGGUGCUGGAUCUGAACCGGGCUGCCGAGAUUCUGGAGGUCCAGAAGCGACGCAUCUAUGAUAUCACCAACGUGCUGGAGGGAAUCCAGCUCAUCCGCAAGAAGUCAAAGAACAACAUUCAGUGGGUGAUGGGCAGUGUGUUCGAAGGUUCGGCUGGCUCUGAGAAGCAGCGUGGGCUGAGGAAGGAGCUGGCAGAUCUGGAGCGGGCGGAGGAGGCUCUAGAUGACAUGAUCCAGUCCAGCAGCACCCAGCUGAAAGAGCUCACGGAGGAGGAGAAUAACAAACAAUUGGCGUAUGUGACCUACCAAGAUAUCCGCUCGAUCCAAAGCCUGCAAGACCAAACCGUGAUUGCUGUCAAAGCGCCGUCUGAGACCAAACUGGAAGUCCCAGAGUCUACGGGGGACUCUCUGCAGAUCUACUUGAAGAGUAAGAACGGCCCCAUUGAAGUGUACCUCUGUCCGGAAGAAGGAAUGGAGGAGAGCAGCCCUGUCAAGAGCAGCAGUCCCGGCAAGGGGGUUCGUGCUGAGCCCAUUGUAGUCAAGCAAGAGCCCCUGGAAGAAGAGCCUUCAAAGUCAGCCUGCACUCUUCUGGAUGUCGAUGGGAUCCUGGGGCUGCCCCCCAGCUUGCUCCUACUGACAGAGGACCAGCUCCCCUCUACCUCCUUCUCCUCCUCUGAGGCGGCCCCCUUCGUCAGCUUCUCUCCCCCCCUUGACCAGGAAGACUACCUGUGGUCCAUGGAGGACACAGAGGGGGUCUCGGACUUCUUUGACACCUACGAUCUGGGGGACCUGCUCAGGAACUGACGCUUGUUUCACCAAUACCUUGACAAACGAGACUUGCUCGUAGCUAGAAACACAUUUGAGAAACGUCAAAUAUAAUUCCUGCUCAAGAACUGAUGUGCUCCUUGAAUGGAGAUUGGCAGGAAAAAGCUUUGUUUUUGUUUUUUUGUUGUGUGUGUGUGUGUGUGAAGCCAUUAUCAUUAUAUAAUAUGAGUUGACUUUUUUGUUGUUGUUUUAACCCAGUUAGUCCAUUAGGGUAUCAAUUGAUAACUCAGGUGAAGUAACAUUUCCUCCUCCCUUGAGGUGAUUUCCUCAUGUUCAUACUGCCCCCUGCAGGAAAUAAUUGAGACUGCAUUUAAUAUCAAUUCUCCAAAAAAAAAUACAGUAACUUGACAGCCUGUGAUUUAAUAGCUUGUAUGGAGCAUUCAGAAGGACACUUAACCAAACCUUCCACAUAUGUUUGCCACAGACGGAACAGCACCCCCCUCCUCCUGUGACCUGGCUUGACUGGCAGCUCUGAAGAACCUCAAGCUCUUUAGAAAUCAUCCUGACGGGAGGGGGGUUGACGUCUUUACUGCUUUACCCAGGUAUUGAAGGUGCGGUCGGAAUGGAGACCACCUUGACCAGUGUGAAUUGCAUCCAAAACUUUGUGCUUCAUAAGAACUUCAACACCAAGUACUCUUUACAAAGACUGAUUUGUAUCUAAGGACACAGUGUUUAGUUGAUGAAAGGGAGCAUUCUGCAGCAAAGGCCCUCCAGUAGGUUCUGUAAACUGUUAAACCAGGCCCCUUGGGAACCUGUAAGAGUCUUUAUGCUGAUAAUACUUUACAGAAUGGUGGAGAAGUGAAGGAUUUGGUUUGUAUAUGUAGGGUUUAUUGUGCAGUUCCUUUGCAUGUCUGUUAGUAAUGGUGACUGACUUGCAGUAAUGGGCUCUCUUUAGAGCAUGUGGAUGGGGUUGCAAACUCUUAUAAACGUAAAGUUGCAAGGUAUAGGUCCACUAAUGAAGCUAGUGCACUGUUAAAGCCACUGACACCGUGCAUAGUGUACUGUUAACAUUCAAAUGGAGCCAACAGCUUUCUUAUCCAGCAGUACUGCCUAUGAAGAAAUGCUGACCAUAACCAUGCACCCAUACAACUUCCUGAAUGUCUUCUCAUCGUCUGUGGUGUGAGCCUGUUCUGUGGCUUUUGCAUUUGACUUUUAGAACUGUGUAAACUGUUCGACCUUAAAAGUUGGUUUGAAAGUGCACACUGGAGCACCGCGUAACCCGUGCAUUAACUUCAACCUAGUUCCCAACAUUCCCCUUUCAGGUGCUCUUCAUUCAUUCUCGAACUCAGGAAUAUGUAUUCAGCUUCUGUGUGUGUGUGUGUGUUUACAGGCUGCCUCUAGAUGGUGCCAUUUCCCUUGGCUGGGUUUCAAGUUUUACAUACUGUAAAUCAGGCUUGUCAUUGUGCAUCCCCCUUUUACAGUACAGUGUGUAGUUUAAUUACAACAAAGUACACACAACACAAGUUUUUCUUAAUGGAUUAGGAGUAUCUUGACAAAUUUCUGCAUGUCAUUUAUUUAAGCUGUUUUUGCAGUGUGUGUAUUAAGCUUGUAUUAAUAGUAUUGAGGUGGGUUUGGAAGAUGCCAGUGUCCGCCCUUGUACAAUAACCUGCAUUUAUAUUUGACGAUUUUAUGUCUCCUGUUCUAUUUUUGUUUUGGCACAAGCAGUAUGUUCUAAACAAUGUUAAGCCCUCACUAAAGAGUGGAAGCUAAUGUUUGUAUGUGUUUGCAUAUAAUGCUUUUCUAGUUUAAAAAAACAAACAAACAAAAUGGGUUGCUGUUCUUUGUGACCCCCUCUGUGUUCAUGCAUCAAAUGCAACAAAGUCUUAAGUAGACCCUUUGGAACACCUUUAUAAAAUUGACAGAUUGUGGUCUCCUGUGUAUUCAAUUUGAACCGAGUAAUGGACCUGUUCGUUUAAUACCAUCCUGUAUGGCUUCUAAAAUGAAGUGAUGUUUAAAGGACUCUUUGCAAAGGUACAUUUUGGGAACUAUUACUCCCAUGUAUUUAUUGUUCUUGUGAUGUGUCUUAAGAAUUAUGUGGACUUGCUCUGUUAAAUUUUUUUGCAUGUCCAUUGUAAUGUAUUGUGCAUGGGUUUGUUUUUCUGAAUGAAUAGUGCCCUACAUGUACGAUACAUCAAGCUACAUCUAACAUUGGUUCUGGGCUAUGGUAUGACUAAAUAAGCUGUUUCUUGUGCUAUAAUGGUGCUAUGGAUUGAUUUACUCAGGUCUUGAUCACCUUAGUAACUUUGAUACCUCACACAGCCUAGUAACGGACAUCACUAAAUGAGCCAGCCUGCACUGGCCUGUUUAGUUAAAAUGCGUAUUUUAUGCCCAACUGAAUUCUGUAUCCUUGAAAUGGCAGCUUACUGUAAAUUUAGCAAUUGCGCUAAUGUAUUUUUAUAUUUGUAAAUGUUUGGGGGGGGGGAGUAUUUUGUUGUAAUCUGAUACAAUUUAGAAUGGCUGUUCUAAAUAUCUGUUGGUAAUGACAGAUGUUUUGCUAUUGCAGUUCUAGCCGGGGUAUUGGUCAUGUGGAUGAUGUGUGAAAGUGGUGUGUCCAGUCUAGCAAAUAAGGAAUCUGGCUUUUUUUUUUGUGUGUGUGUGGAAACAUUAACUUUGUAAAAUCUUAAACCACUUUGAGCUGUAUGUCCCAGGUGUCAUAAUCUUUGGCUUGGAAGAGAUUUUAACGAUCAGUGAAAAAUAUACAGCAUUACUAAUACUUAGUGAUUUAAUUUCCACUCAUUCUGUGAAGUCGUUUAAAACUUCAAUG